AGGGUAACUACAGGAAGGCUGAUUAUGUCUCCAGGUCGGGGGCCGAAUUGACACGUAAUAGUGAGGAAGAAAAAUUUACUGCACUUAAUGUCCCCAGAUGUCACGUAUUGCAUGAUGUGAGCAGCGCAUCACUUUUCGAGUUUCCCGCGCCGACUGACAGACAGCUGGGACCUCUCAAAUCCGAGUGGUGCGAGUUUCAUCGAACCCACGGACACGCGACCGAGAGUUGUUUUGUUUUGGGUAGGCAGAUUGAACGCCUUAUCAAGGAGGGCCGUUUGAAGAAGUUUAUUGCCGGAAAGCAGGAUGAGGGCUCGUCCGACAGACGACGCAGGCCGGGAGGAGAAGACACCGGGAGAGGAAGGCGUGAAGGGAGAUCUCCACCGAGAGAUUCCCCGCAAAAAACUACGGAAGCUCACCAGCGGGCUGUCCAUGGAGACUUCAACACCAUUGCAGGGGGAUUUGCGGGAGGAGGACCGACUUCAGCAGCUCGGAAGAGAUACUCUCGGUCAGUUUUAUCGGUCUCGGAUUGGGUGAAGCCCUCUCGGCCACCCAUCACGUUCUCAGACGCCGACUUCGAUGGGGUAUCUCCCCACGAGGACGACCCCAUAGUCGUCUCAGUAAUCGUCAUUGGGUAUAAUGUAAAACGAGUAUUAGUGGACCAAGGCAGUUCGGCGGAUAUAAUGUUUUGGGAAGCUUUCGUCGGCAUGAAGAUUCCAACUGAUCGCCUCAUGCCGUAUGCAGGUACGUUGGUCGGUUUUGCAGGUGAUCAGGUAAUAGCCAGGGGAUACGCCGACUUGGAGACAACGUUCGGCCAGGGGGACAACAUGAAGACUGUCACUAUCCGAUACCUGGUAGUGAACGCUCAAUCAUCCUACAGCAUACUAGUCGGUCGGCCGACACUAAACAAGUUGGGAGCGGUCGUCUCCACGCCCCAUUUAAAGCUGAAAUAUCCUUUGCCCAACGGAAAGGUGGGCGUCGUCUGUGUCGAUCAAGAGGUGGCGAGAAAAUGUUACGAAGACAGUUUGAGGGCGAGGCGACACCUAUAUGUGACGCAGGUUGAUCAGGGUGUUCAGUCAAUUGAGUUGGAUCCGAGAGUGAGUCACUUUGAUACCCGACCAGCCCCAGCGGAGGACAUAAAGGAGGUUACCCUGGCCGAGGGGAAAGCCGUCAAGAUUGGUGUAUCUCUAAGUAAGGAAGACGAGGAAGGCUUAGUCCCAUAA